ACACAAUCUAAAUGGCUAACACCCACGUAAUCUAAAUUUAGAUCAUUGGGUUCAAGCCGUCCUAAAUGAUCAUCUAAGUCUUCCUAGUAGCUCAUUAGAUAUGCAUAAACAUUUCGACCAAUCUGAUCCUUCACUCUUCGGUGGACGAGCCAAGGUGAUCGCUACGAAAUGCGUCGGUUAAAGCCCGUUUUCUUAGAUGUGAAGAAUAUUGGGCGCGAUGGAAAGAAAACCACCGUAUCGAUUCCGCUGAGAGUGGAUCUUGGGAAGCAGCCUCAUAAGAGUACGGAGGAAAAUAGUCAGGACACCAACAGUCCAGUAGAACAAGAUGUCCCUCUUGGCGAUCUCGAUAAGCAGGAACUCUCAACUCAACAGCAAAAUCGCGUUUUGAGUAUCUCUGCUAACUGGGAAAAGGUACGGGAAAAGUUGCUGAAUUCGUACAUUGAAGAACAGCAUCUCCCAGACAAUGUGAACUGUGUGAACUGUCAAAAGAGUAUCGCUACAACAAGAUGUGAGUACUGUGGCCCUCGCCAGUACUUUUGUGUUGGAUGUGCACGAGCUCUACAUGUCAAUCGAAACAAGUUUCAUGUACUUGAGCAAUGGAAGGAUGGGGUAUUUUCUCCUUUGUAUGCAGACGAGGCAACUGUUAGCUAUGGCCAUACAUGCAGAACCGCAGCAGUAAAGCUGUUCAGACUUCUGGAUGCCUCAGGUCAGUUCAUUUCAUUUAUAGUGGUUGGAGAAUACUAG